AUGAGCGGUCUUCCACCUCCUCCACCUCCACCAGGGUUUCAGAAGGGGACCUCUUUACCGCCACCACCCCCACCUCCCCCGGGUUAUGGAAGAGCUAGGAGCUCACAUCAUUCAAAUGGUGGCGCGAAUAAUAACAAUGUGCUAGUCUCUCCUCCUCCACCCCCCUCAAAACUUACAUCAAUCGACAACGAUGGAUAUGUUUGCACAACUGGAAGCGCACAUAAUGGCAAAAUAUCAUCUCCACAACCGCCUCCACCGUCUCCAGCCCAAUUUGAACCCAUGAAGUCUGGUAUGAAAAGAAGAAAGAAGGAAGUCAUCGGGAUCGGUGCGAUGAAGACUACAACUGAAGAACUUGUACGGAGACGUCAUGAAUGGUUUGAACUUCAGAAGCAAAGAUUUAAAAGUGGCAAGCCAUCCCUCAGAAUGAAACAAAAAUCACACAGAGGGGGACUUGUACAUUCUCAUAAAGUGGAAAUGCCUCCUGAACAUAUAAGGAAAAUUAUGGCUGAUCAUCGCGACAUGUCAUCUAAAAGAUUUGACCCCGACAGACGGGCUUUUCUUGGAGCAUUAAAAUACAUGCCUCACGCCAUUUUAAAACUUAUCGAAAAUAUGCCUCAACCCUGGGAACAAGUCAAGGAGGUAAAAGUUCUUUAUCAUAACACUGGCGCUAUAACUUUUGUGGAUGAAGUACCGCGGGUUAUUGAGCCCAUUUAUGCAGCACAGUGGUCUACCGUUUGGAUUGCAAUGAGACGAGAGAAGCGAGACCGUCGUCAUUUUAAAAGAAUGCGCUUUCCUCCAUUUGAUGACGAUGAGCCUCCUCUGUCUUAUUCUGAACAUAUUCAGGAUGUUGAACCUCUUGAUGCAAUUACUCUACAAUUGGAUGAAAUUGACGAUUUUGCUAUAAGAGAUUGGAUCUUUGACUCACAGCCCUUAAUUGAUAACAAGGAGCACGUAAACGGCUCGUCUUACAAAACAUGGAAACUCGAUCAUCAUAUAAUGGCAGCCCUCCAUCGAAUAAGUGCUCCGCUUUUGGACACAAACAAUCACACGAAUUCUCGUUACCUCUUUGACAAAAAAUCCUUCUUCACAGCAAAAGCUCUAAAUAAUGCUAUCCCCGGGGGCCCAAAGUUUGAGCCUUUAUUUCCUAAGGAAGAAGAGGGUGAUUUUGAUGAGUUCAACUCUCUUGAUCGCGUUAUAUUCCGAGUUCCAAUUAGAACAACCUAUAAGGUAGCAUUUGCUCACUUGUACAACAGCCGACCUCGAGAGAUUGCACUUGCGUGGUAUUGUGAUCCUAUUUCUUGUCUCACAAACAGCGGUGAUGAUGAAAUUGAGUCUGCGUUCAGCUUCAAUCAAUCGUUCAACCUCGUUCAGGCUCAGGCGGAUAUUUAUACGUCAGAUAAAGCCAAUUGUGACGACUUCGAGCUACCACAAACUUUUAAAGCUGUGUUAGAGGAUUUAGAUUUUGAACUGCCAGAUACAAAAGAUGCUUUAGAUUUAUAUCAUGCUCCCUUUCCAUUCAACAGAAGGUCAGGAAGUACAGUAAGAUCACAAGAUGUCUCCUUGAUAAAGGAAUGGUAUCUUCAAAGACCAGAGACCGACGUUCCGAUCAAAGUCAGAAUCUCUUACCAAAAGCUUCUCAAAAACUAUGUUUCAAAUGAACUUAAAUCUACAAAAGUGUCGUCUUCGAACAAAAAGAAACUUCUCAAAAGUUUAAGGAAUACUAAGUUCUUCCAGCAGACAUCGCUUGAUUGGGUUGAAGUAGGAUUGCAGGUGUGCAAUCAAGGUUUUAAUAUGUUGAAUUUAUUAAUCCACAGAAAGGGCUUAACAUAUUUGCAUCUAGACUACAACUUCAAUUUGAAGCCCACGAAGACCCUCACCACUAAAGAGCGUAAAAAGUCAAGAUUCGGACAUGCUUUUCACCUGAUGCGGGAAAUUUUGAAGGCAACUAAACUACUAGUGGAUGCCCAUGUCCAAUACCGAUUAGGCAACGUAGAUGCUUUUCAACUAGCUGAUGGCAUUUACUAUAUCUUGAAUCACCUCGGACAAUUGACAGGAAUCUACCGGUACAAGUAUAAGGUCAUGCACCAAAUAAGGGCUUGUAAGGAUCUGAAGCACAUUGUUUAUAAUCGAUUCAACAAAGUUAUUGGAAAGGGACCUGGAUGCGGUUUCUGGCAUCCUGCGUGGAGAAUUUGGAUUUUCUUCAUGCGAGGAGUAAUACCUCUGCUAGAGCGGUGGCUGGGAAAUCUUCUUGCCCGUCAAUUUGAAGGCCGUUCUAAUGAGGUAGUCAAAACUGCCACUAAACAGCGCCUGGAUGCAUAUUAUGACCUUGAGCUGCGAGCAGCAGUGAUGAAUGAUAUUCUGGACAUGAUGCCUGACGGUAUCAAACAGACAAAAACUAAGACUAUUUUACAGCACUUGAGCGAAGCAUGGAGAUGUUGGAAAGCAAAUAUUGCCUGGAAUGUCCCGGGCAUGCCAGAACCGGUAAAAAAUAUUAUUGAAAGAUACAUCAAAGCGAAGGCAGAUGGCUGGGUAUCGGCAGCUCACUACAAUCGUGAGCGCAUCAAGCGUGGAGCUCACGUUGAGAAGACAGUUGUCAGGAAGAAUCUUGGACGAUUAACACGACUCUGGAUGAAAUAUGAGCAGGAAAGACAACAAAACAUUGAAAAGAAUGGCCCAGAAAUCACUCCUGCUGCAGCUACUUCAAUUUUCAAGACGAUGGUAGAUUGGUUGGAAACUAACAAUUUUUCUCCUGUACCUUUUCCUCCAUUAACUUAUAAAAAUGACACCAAAAUUUUGGUUCUUGCCUUAGAAAGUUUGAAAAAUGCAUAUGCGUCUAAAGUUCGUCUCAAUGCAGCGGAGCGAGAAGAGUUGGCCUUAAUCGAGGAAGCCUACGACAAUCCACAUAACACAUUGAAUCGAGUUAAGAAAUAUCUUUUAACUCAACGAGUCUUCAAACCUAUUGAUCUGUCAAUGAAAGAUCAAUUCCAGUAUGUUUCCCCUGUGUAUACUGUGGAUCCACUAGAGAAAAUUACUGAUGCCUACUUAGAUCAAUACCUAUGGUAUGAGGCUGACAGAAGGAAAUUAUUUCCUAACUGGAUUAAACCCAGUGAUACAGAGAUUCCUCCGCUAUUAGUUUACAAGUGGGCCCAAGGCAUCAAUAAUUUGCAUGAGAUUUGGGAUGUUUCCAAUGGUCAGUCGACUGUUGUGCUUCAAACCAAGUUGGAAGAGGUCGCUGAAAAGAUCGACUUUACCCUACUAAACCGACUUUUGCGUUUGAUAAUGGAUCCUAACCUGGCUGAUUAUAUCACCUCAAAGAAUAACGUUCUGCUGAAUUUCAAAGACAUGAGUCACGUUAACAAAUACGGUCUAAUUAGAGGCCUGCAGUUUUCCUCGUUUAUUUUUCAGUUUUAUGGCUUAAUAAUCGACCUUCUCAUUCUGGGCCCGGAACGAGCUCUUGAAAUGGCGGGACCAUCGAGCUCACCUAAUGAAUUUUUACAAUACAAAAGUCUUGACGUUGAAAAGCAAAACCCUAUCAAGCUGUACUGCAGAUAUUUCGACAAAAUUCAUAUAGUCUUUCAUUUUGAAGAAGGCGAAGCAGAAGAUCUUGUACAAGACUACUUGUCUGAGAAUCCUGAUCCCAAUUUUGAGAAUGCUGUGGGUUACCGUAAUAAACGGUGCUGGCCAAGGGAUGCCCGCAUGAGGCUGGUUCGCCAUGAUGUCAACUUGGGUAGAGCAGUUUUUUGGGAAGUGAAUAGUCGAGUUCCUUCUUCCUUAGCUAAUAUUUUGUGGGAUAACUCUUUGUCAUCCGUGUACAGUAAGACCAACCCUAAUUUGCUUUUCACGAUGUGCGGUUUCGAAGUUAGGAUUCUUCCAAAUAUCCGAGCUGAAGAGAUGAUGUCAUCAGAUGAAGGCGUUUGGGAUUUGAUAGAGGAGGCAACCAAAAGAAGGACUGCAAAGGCAUUCUUAAAAGUAUCUGACGAAGAAGUAGAGAGAUUUAAUGACACCAUCAGAGGUAUUUUGAUGGCCUCAGGCUCGACAACUUUCACAAAAAUUACAGCGCGGUGGAACACUGCCUUGAUCUCGCUAUUCACGUACUAUAGGGAAGCCGUGAUUGCCACAGAAGGACUUCUUGAUGUGCUGGUAAAAUGUGAAACCAAGAUACAAAAUCGCGUCAAGCUGGGGCUUAACUCUAAGAUGCCCACAAGAUUUCCUCCAGCUGUAUUUUAUACACCCAAAGAGCUGGGAGGUUUAGGAAUGUUAAGCGCUUCUCAUAUUCUAAUUCCAGCUUCUGACCUUACUUGGUCCAAGCAGACUGAUACAGGGAUCACACACUUUAGAUCAGGGAUGACACAUGAGGACGAAAAGUUGAUUCCGACCCUAUUUCGCUACAUCACUACAUGGGAAAAUGAGUUUUUGGACUCUCAGCGUGUGUGGGCUGACUAUGUUUUUAAGCGCCAAGAAGCACUACAGCAAAACCGUCGGUUAGCUUUCGAAGAGCUUGAAAGCUCUUGGGAUCGUGGUGUUCCACGUAUUAGUACGCUAUUCCAAAAAGAUCGUCAUACUUUGGCUUACGAUAAGGGUCAUCGCGCUCGAUUAGAGUUUAAGACGUAUUCCUUGGACCGUAAUAAUCCCUUUUGGUGGACGGAUACAAGGCAUGAUGGUAAGCUCUGGAAUCUCAACAGUUACAGAACGGACGUCAUUCAAGCUCUUGGUGGAAUCGAAACCAUAUUGGAGCAUACUUUGUUCAAAGGAACAGGAUUUAACUCGUGGGAAGGCCUCUUUUGGGAGAAGGCUUCUGGUUUCGAAGAUUCUAUGCAAUUCAAAAAAUUGACACACGCUCAAAGAACAGGUUUAAGUCAAAUUCCGAAUCGUCGCUUCACUUUAUGGUGGUCACCAACCAUCAAUAGGGCCAACGUUUAUGUUGGGUUUUUAGUACAGCUUGACCUCACAGGUAUCUUUUUACAUGGCAAAAUCCCCACCCUAAAAAUUUCACUCAUUCAAAUCUUUAGGGCCCAUUUGUGGCAAAAGAUUCACGAAAGCGUUGUUUUCGACAUUUGUCAAAUUUUGGAUGUUGAAAUGGACAUGCUUCAAAUCGAGUCUGUUGAUAAGGAGGCUAUUCACCCUCGUAAAUCAUACAAAAUGAACUCGUCAGCAGCAGAUGUAACCUUGCGCAGUAACUACUCGUGGCAGGUUUCUCGACCCUCCCUUCUUCAUCAAACGAAUGACAAGUUUGAUGCAACGACUACUAGCAAAAUGUGGAUUGAUGUCCAACUGCGGUACGGGGAUUACGAUUCCCAUGACAUUUCUCGUUACGUGAGAGCAAAGUUCUUAGACUACACUACUGAUAAUGUGAGCAUGUAUCCUUGCCCGACUGGCGUUAUGGUUGGAAUUGACCUUGCCUAUAACAUGUAUGAUUGUUACGGUAACUGGUUUGACGGAUUCAAGCCGUUAAUGCAAAAUGGUAUCAAAACUAUUAUGAAAGCAAAUCCGUCUUUGUAUGUUCUGCGAGAAAGAAUACGGAAAGGAUUACAAAUUUACCAAUCUCAAACGCAAGAGCCAUUCUUAAACUCUUCUAACUACGCCGAACUCUUCAGCGAGGAUACCAAGUUGUUUAUCGAUGACACGAAUGUUUACAGAGUUGCUGUACACAAGACGUACGAAGGAAACGUUGCGACCAAACCUAUCAACGGGUGCAUUUUUACUCUGAACCCAAAAACUGGUGAGCUCUACCUGAAAAUUAUCCAUACUUCAGUCUGGGCGGGUCAAAAGCGCUUGAGCCAACUGGCAAAGUGGAAGACUGCCGAAGAAAUCAGUGCUUUAAUAAGAUCUCUCCCUAAAGAGGAACAGCCCAAACAAAUUAUAGUGACAAGGAAGGCAAUGUUGGAUCCGCUUGAAGUUCAUAUGCUAGAUUUCCCUAAUAUCUCGAUUAGACCCACAGAAUUGAAGAUGCCCUUUGCGGCUUCGUUGGCAAUUGAAAAGCUGUCAGACGUCGUAAUGAAAGCCACAGAACCACAAAUGGUGUUAUUUAACAUCUAUGAUGAUUGGCUUGAAAGAGUUUCUUCGUACACUGCUUUUUCCAGGCUGAUAUUGUUGCUACGUGGCUUAAGAACCAAUGAGCAAAAGGCCCAAAUAAUCUUAAAGAGUGACCCCACUAUUCCAAUUAAAAGCCAUCAUUUGUGGCCAUCAUUCAAUGAUGAUCAGUGGAUAGAGGUAGAGUCCAAAAUGCGCGACCUUAUUUUGGAAGAGUAUGGCACCAAGUAUAAUGUCAAUAUUGCUUCCCUGACUCAGACCGAAAUUAAAGACUUGAUCUUAGGCCAAAAUAUCAAGGCUCCGUCGGUCAAACGUCAGCAGAUGGCAGAAAUAGAAGCAGCGACUGGUGAUAUACCUAAAGAUCAGACGUCAGCGUCUGCUAUGAAAAUCAAACAGACCAACGCUCAAGGCGAAGAAAUAAUGGUAGUGACUUCCACCAAUUACGAAAACCAGGCGUUCAGUACAAGCAACGAAUGGCGUCAACGAGCGAUCUCAAACUCACUUCUGUAUCUGCGAUUGAAGACGAUAUAUUUGUCAUCAGAGGAGUUCGUGGAAGAAAAGAAUGUUUUUAUUCUUCCCAAAAACUUGUUGAAGAAGUUUGUUGAAAUUGCAGAUUCCAAAGCCCAGAUAGGUGCGUUCAUGUUUGGUAAACCCGCCACUGGUUAUGAAAAGGUCAAGGAAAUAAAGAUCAUUGUCAUGGUGCCACAACUAGGGAACAGUCGCGCGGUUCAACUAAGCCGCUUAUCAGAGCAGUCUCCGUACUUGCACGAGAUGCAACUUUUAGGCUGGAUUCAUACGCAAAGUGAAGAACUAAAGCACAUGUCAGCCCCAGAGAUGACAACUCAUUCGAAUUUGUUUGCGAAUCAAAGGGAUGCCGUAGAUUUAUCGGUUUGUUUAAAUCCGGGUUCAAUUUCGCUAUCUGCUUACACCAUGUCAGAAGAGGGUUUUGAGUGGGGCCUUUCUAAUAAGGAUAUUUUUGAUCCGUCGCCCGAAGGCUUUGAGCCUACCCAUAGUGAGCACGCUCAGCUGAUGCUGUCUGACAAAAUUAACGGCUAUUUCUUGGUGCCAGCUGCAGACACAUGGAACUAUGCUUUUAUGGGUGCUGCAUUCGAUUCCCGCGGUACAUGCGACUUAAAGCUGGAUGUACCACUUGAGUUCUAUAAUGAACUGCAUCGCCCUGUGCAUUUCAUGCAAUUCAAUGAAGUUGUGGAAAACGAAGAAUUGGAACCAGAGCAGGAGGACGUAUUAGGGUAA